GCAGGACCGCAACACCCGCGGCGGCCAGGGGAGGCGACGGAUCCCUUGCGCCUCCUUGGCCUGGGGAUGCAAUCGAUCGCCUCACUGCCCAGCGUGUUGUUCAUGGCACUCAUCGCCCCAGACUCCAGACAGUCACGCCGCGCGACGCAGGACACAGUUGCGAACUUGCUCGAGCUCGCGUACCGGAGCACGGAGCUGCAGAUUCAGAGACGUGCGCUGCGAGCUGUGCGUCGUCUGCUGGACGACGAAGGGGAGCCCUGGCAGUUGCGCUGGCGCUAUGCCCAGGGCUUGCGAUUCUUUCGCCGCGUGAUGCAGGACGAGGGCAAAGUGGACUCGCCUGAUUUUCACGCGUUUGUUGCCAGCGCGGAGGCCGAAGGCCCUGAGGCUCUGUAA